GGAGAAAACCAUUCGCUCAUCUCGUCCAGUCAAAUAAACCAUCUCCGUCUUCAUCCUUUCCACGGCCAGUCAUAGCAUGAAAUCGGUUUGUUAAUACUCUAUAGAUCUGUCCACGCUGUUGUUCGCCAUCGCAGGAAACGAAGGGCUCAACUUUCUCAUCAAAUAAACCAUCUCUGCUUUCGUAUUCUCCAUUGUUUGAAUUUCUAGCAUGAAAUCGGCCGACAGGACUAAAUAAACAUGUACGCGUAAGCAAGAGCCAAAAUAUGAGUCCGAGGAGAAGAUUUGCGGAUAAUCUCCUCCCAGAGGUUGAAGGAAGGGUCGAUUUGUUGGAGACAAAGUCUGAGGCUAAUUUAAUUCCCGACAUGGAGACAGUGGAAGGACUUGAUGAAACUCCCCAAUUUGUUGAGGGGGUUGACGCAAGAAAAAAGACGCUCAUUGUUGACAAUCUCUCUUCUCAAGCCGGAAUAUCAGACAUUAUCAAUUUCUUCGAAGAUGUUGGAAAAGUUGUUCAAGUUACAAGAGUUGUAGACCACAUGGGCUUGGAUCUUGGCUCUGGCUCUGUUGAGUUUGCUUCUGCCAACGAAGCAAAGAAGGCGCAGGAAAUAAAGAAUGGUGACUAUUUGUGUGGUGAGAAAAUUACUCUGGGCUUGGCUAAGAUAACCCCAUACCCUCAUACUCCAAGGUUUUGCUUAGAACACAAGGUUUGGUACGAAGACUACAUUCGACGAGAAAGCUUACCGAUAGGAGAAGAGGAGAUACAUCCUCAUUCUUUUAAGGCAAUUGCAGCAAGAAAAAAGACGAUCUUUGUUGCCAAUCUCUCUCCCCAAACUAGAAUGUUCAAUAUCAUCAAGUUCUUCAAAACUGUUGGGGCUGUUUCUAGUGUUCGACUUAUUGUAAACCACGAGGGCAAGCAUGUUGGUUUUUGCUUUGUUGACUUUGCUGAUGAUUACGAUGCAAAGAUGGCGCUGGAAGAGUGGAAUGGUGAAUAUUUGCACGAUCAUAGCAUUUUUCUUGAAGGGGCUAAGACAGCUCCGUCCUCUCCACGGCCCAAGUACAGCGUUGCUGAGAAGCUUUGGUACGAAGACAACCUUCUGCAAAAAAGCCUUGACGAGUCACAAGAAGGAAAUGAUAAAACUCCCAAUGAUGUUGAGGUAGUUGCCCUAAGGGAAAAGACGCUCUUUAUUGACAAUCUCUUUUGGAAAACCAAAAUAUCAGACAUCAUCAAUUUCUUCAAAGAUGUUGGAGAGGUUGUUCAUGUUCGACUUGUUGAAGACACAAAGGGUAAGCAUUUGGGCUAUGGUUUUGUUCAGUUUGCCUCUGCGGACAAAGCCAAGGCGCGGGAAAAGAAGAGUGGUGACAAGUUGUGCGGUAAUUAUAUCACUCUUGGCGUGGCUGAGAUAGCCCCAGACGAACCACGACCCAUGUACGAAGACUACCUUCGAGGAGAAAGCCUUCUGAUAGAAGAAGAUGAGGCAGUAGAAGGACUUGAUGAAUUUGUUGAGGAAGCAUAUGUGAGAAAUAAGACACUAUUUAUGGACAAUCUUCCUGUUGAAGCUAAUAUAGGAGAUUUUGCCCGAUUCUUCGAAGAUGUUGGAAAAGUUAGUGUUCGACUUAUUGUAGAUUGUGAGGGAGAAUAUGUGGGCUGUGGCUUUGCUAAGUUUGCUUCUGCUGUCGAAGCAAAGAUGGCACUGAAAAAGAAGUGUCGAAAAAGAUACCGCGGUCGUUUUAUUUAUCUCGGCAUGGUUGGGAUAGCACCGUACCCUCUCCGACCCAAGUACAAGCUUGCAGAGUUGCUUUGGAACGAAGACUUCUCACAGAAAGAACGCAUUCGGGUAGAAGAAAAUAAUAAGAAGAAACAUCAUUGUGGUAAGAAGGUUACUUUCCCUGAGAGUGAUGAUGAUUCAUAGAGGAAGAUGAAUCUCUUUGGUGUUUUAAACUUAUGGUGUAGUUAGUAUGCGCUAAAAUGUGCUUAAUUUUGAAUGUUUUGAUGUGAAAUCUUAACCAGCCUUGAUUAAUUUGGUUGACAAAAUUUCAAGUUUAGUCUCUUAGCUUGAUAAAUACACAGUACUCCGUAUUUGUCCACAUAGAACAUAAUUGUUGGUGUAUAGUGAAGCCCAUGAGAGAAUUUAUGGUUGGUGUAUAAUGAAGCUAAAACCAUAUC